UACAUCCGUACGUGCUUCUGUCAGAGCAAUGGUCGGAGGCUCUUCCGCCCCUUCCAAUUGAUUCGGGAUCCGUGAAAUCUAAACAUUUCGUGCCUUGCUUUUAGACGCCUCAGUUUUGACGGAGUGGAGACUCCAGGGCGAUGGCCUUUCAGCACCAGCCCGGUACAGCAAUGCAGUGCUUGAGCAUCCCGAUAAAGCUUGCAAAGGAGGUUGGCAUCGACUCCGAAGGCAGGGAAGUGAUGAAAUGUGGAUUCAAGAUUGGAGGUGGCAUCGAUCAGGACUUCACGCGUAGCCCGCAAGGAUACACCGAUAACGGCAUCUACGUUACCGAGGUUUACGAGAGCAGCCCUGCAGCCAAGUGUGGCCUCAAAGUGCACGACAAGAUCCUGCAGGUGAACGGCUACGACUUCACUAUGGUGACACACAAGAAGGCUGUCGAGUACAUCAAGAAACACCCUGUGCUCAACAUGCUGAUAGCGAGAAAGGGAGUUACUCAUUCCUGAAGAAUCUUGUGGGACAACUGUUGAGCACUCCCAAAUCCUGACGUUGAGUUCUGAAACAGUACUCUCCAGUUUCUUAGCUGAUACAUCACAUUUUCAUUGCUUGUCAUUUUGUCAGUGUUCAUUUUGUGUUCUUGUAUCGUGAUACUGUACUUCAUUUUAGGCUAGUAGCAUACUGUUGGUCACACCAGUGUCUACGUCUUGGCCACUCCUUGGCUUUGCUAUACUUUGUUCACUUUGCCUGGUGUUUUAGUUUCAUCAACUGACACAGUGUUUAAUAGUGCAGCUGAUACUAUUUGUAGGACUUUGGCCUACUUUCAGGGAUCAUGUUUGCACAAGGAAGGCAGAAUUAAUCAGUUUUUAUGCGCUGUUACACAUUACAAGGAAUUGUGGGUGCACAUUUGGCACCUCACAUGGUGCUGCCCUCUCAAGUGCACCUGGUUACUUAAAUAUAUGCUAAUGCUUCCCAGCUCUGUGAUGUCAUUUUUUUGUUUUUGCAGUUCUAUUGUACACAUUUCAAGGCUGCGCUUGUGCAGCUCUAGGCAAAACAAAGUACAUCACGGGAAACUUUGCAGUUCAUCAGUCUUGGCACCAGUCUAGCUGCUGUUUCAAGACGUUUGGUAAUAGCAGUCUUAUAGUACCUUUUCUUCUUUUUGCUUGCUUUCUGCCGUGACCUGUGAAAUCAAAACAUUGACGAGCACAAGCUGCAGUGGCUGUGGCUUCGAUUCCUGGCUGCCGCAUUCCAACGGAGGUGAUAUGCAGAAGCGUUUAUGUAGCUUGUUUCGGGUGCUCAUGAAAGAACGUCAAGAGGUCAAAAUUGAUAUAGAGCACUGCGCUACAUCUCAUAUAGCCCCUCCGUUGCUUUGGGAUAAUAUAUCCCAACAAUCAAACCAUAAAUUGUUGUGUGAGAUUCCAUGACAUAAAUUUUGCUGCCUAAUGCAAAUUCCAGCCAAGGGUACAUGAUAUAACCAGCUAUCUAUGCGCCCGGCAUAGUUAGUAAAUUUUGGGAAGCUGUUUUUUUACAAACCACCCAUACUUCCAGAUGAAAUGUAUAAUAGCCCCAUUGCCGUGAAAAAUGUAUUGCAGUACUGUCACUUGUUAUCAAGACUUCACAAUGCGCAAUGCACAUGCUUGCUCUUUGCACUGUUGACGUCAGAACUGCUUUUUUCAUAGGACAAUUGUUCAUAGUCCUCGCGAUAUUUCAUCAAUGGAACAGCUUCACACCGCUACCUCUUAAUGGUUCAGAUGAGAGAGUAGAGUGAUGCUUAGAGGUCGAAGUCCCGAUCAAGCUCAAAAUAUUUCAAUCCAGUUGUUGAGCUUCAAGGAAGUUAUGUAGCUGUAGCCAUCUCGCUGCAUACUGAUUCACGUCGAUCAUUUCUUUUCUGUGCUGUCACCGAGAUGCUAGGGAUGGUAUCCUCGGACAAUCACUUUUGGGGGUACUUCGACUUCCUCGAGAUUUUGUGCGACUAGCACCAGAUGUGUCGGCCUCUGCAGGCGACAGUGGCCCUGGCACUUAACUAAGACAACCUGCUUGGCUCUGUGCCACGGAUGCUGUCACUCGUAGACACCAUUUAGUCUAUUGCUAUUCACGCCAGUGAAAGUAUCCCCAAAAGCUAUUGUCUCAGAAUACUGCCCCAAGAUGUAGAAUGAGAUGUGCUGGUUGCUUCCAUGCAUAAUGCUGCAGCACCUGUGCUGCAUUUCAAGUUCUGUGCUGUAGAAAAAAAGAAAAAAAAAAGUGGGAAUGCUGUUUUGGCUGUCUGCAUUUUCUCAAGGAUUUCCAAUGACUGCCUUUGUGACAGCCCUCGGUCGUCAAGGUAUCUAAUGCACUGCCCAUAUGAUCGCCGAUUUGUCUACCGUAUACAUACAUUCUAAAGAAGUUCUGCACUUUAUAUAGUUGUACAAAAAUGGUAAUUACAGUUGGGUUAAUUUCCAGUCAAGAAUAUCUUGUGUAUGAAAUAUUCCAUAUAUGUGUUUGAAAGCAAAUGAGCUUCAAUACCAUAAUUACUGUUGUGGGACAAUGUGUACUUGAAUGUGAAACUUUCUAAAACUGUUAAAGCGUACCUUAUAGCAGCAUAGCAAAUGCCCAAAUGCAAUUUUUGUUGCCUUGGAUUAUGUUUAAGUAGGCAUGGUUGAAAUGGCAGCUUUAUGUCAACACUGCUUUUAACAAGUGAUGAAGUGUUCACCUGUUGCUUAUUGGUGUGCUGGCAUCAGCUGCAACUUUGUUGUGUUGCGUGUUUAGUGGGUUACAUGUAGAGCCACCAAAGUUUUAAUAUAUAGACAUAUAUUAUAUAAAGAUUGCAUAUUGUAUACAUUAUAUAGCCCUGUUAGUCAGUCUGUGUUGGUUGUUGUGUUGUAUUGUGAAAAUACUUCGGGUUUCUAUUAAUAUUUUUUUAAGCUUUUGGACAUUAUGAGCAACAUUUGCACUGAGUGCAUAUUUACAUUCCAGUUAUAAUACACUACCAGAAUUAUGGUGGUAACUAAACAUCAUGCUCCUAGUUUUUUUUUUUUUUUUUUUCAACAACAUUUUUCAAUUCGCUGUGGAAACUGUUCUCCAUUUUAUGUGAUCGCAUUCAAACUUUCUUUUCAGGACAUUCUUUUAGAUGGCCCUGAGAAAUUACUGUUUUCGAAGGAAAUAAAACUUGGUUGUUUGACUGA